UUUUUGUCAAAGUGAAUCAUAUUGUGUUGGCACUUUGCAAUUGACGUACAUUUGAUUCUAUUCUUGCUCUUUUGGAUAAAAACUCUAACUAUUGGAAACGAAACCACUUAUUUGUUGUUUUAGCUCUGAAAUUCUAGCUCGUUUUGAAAUCAGCGACAAGCAGUUAUCAUCCUGCCUUACAAUGUUACAAAACUGGGAAGAAUUACGGAAGCAAGCCCGACAUCUUGAAAAUGAAAUCGACCUAAAGCUGGUGUCUUUUAGUAAGGUGGGAACGUCAUUGGGGUCGCGGGAUUUCACCCACGAGAAUAGCGAUACAGUUCCACUGCUAAGCAGCGCCGCCUCCGGCCAUGUGGUAGAUUCGAUGACUGAGGAAAUCGAACAUCUGCUGUCGCUCUUACAGCAAUUGAACGAUGACAUGUCUGAGUGUGAAGGAGGCGGCAGCUCCCGCCAGCACACGUUACAACGACACAGAGAUAUUCUUAAAGACUAUACUGCAGAGUUCAAUAAGACAAGAAAUAAUAUCGAAAGUCGGCGUCAGCGGGAAGAGCUUUUGGGUACGUCAGGCCGCGGGGAUAGCGCCUCCACGGACCACAAGAUGAAAGGUGCCGCUGCCAGCGGUGGCGGCGUCAAUCGGAGGGCAGACUUCUACCUAAAAGAACAUGAACACAUACGCAAUUCCGAACGUUUAGUCAGUGACCAGAUCAACAUAGCCAUUCGGACUCGUGAGGAGCUUCGAAACCAACGAGGAACCUUGAAAUCAAUGCAAACCCGAGUGACGACUCUUGCAAACCGCUUUCCCGUUCUCAAUUCACUCUUGCAACGUAUCCAUAUCCGUAAGCGAAGAGACUCGAUCAUUCUUGGUCUCGUAAUUGGCACAUGCACUUUGCUACUACUAUUGUACACGUUUCGCUAAAAAUAUAUAAAGGUUUUCGAUAUAGGUUUGUAACUCAAAGAGCAGAAAUAUUUUGCCAAUAGGUCUGACUUUAUUAAGUCCCACAUGAAAAUGGAACAUUAAUGACCAAUAUUUUUCUGGACCUUGUUAAGUUCUAUGGAAGGAUCACUCGAAUGCAAAACAACCCAUUAAAUACCAUUUAAUGUGCGUAUGUUUGUAAUGUAUGUGGAUUGUGGGCUCUCUGAUGUAUCUAUGGGACAGGUACAUAAAGAUAGAAAGUGGUUUCCUUGAA